UUUUAACUUUUUUUUUUUAUUCAACAGGUUUUUUCAUUGGCGUUUGGCUGACAACUUCAACCCCCAUACUAGGAUAUUCCGUCUUAGGAAAAAUCGUCCCGCUCCUAUCUUCUGGACAAACUAGCGAGAAGAUUUUGGACAUUUCGAUGUAAGAAUUUAUUUAUUUAUUUAUUUAAUCGUAUGGCGUAUAAACAUAAACAUUUCAAAAAUAUAUAGCUAAAUAAAAUAAUUAUAAAUCUACAUUCAGGGUCUCAAGCCACGAGAUUGCGUCUGGUGUUAAUUUAAACAGAUCUUUCGGGGGGCCUGGAAAAGAGUGCAAAGGGCAGCGCUGUAUAAUAUGCUCGAUGGUUUGAACCUCUUCACCACAUUCGCAGAGCGCAGAGUCCCGCCAGCCCCGUAUAUCCUCCAGUAUUCGAAGACGUGGAAUUCAAGCCGUUUCGCGAAACGUACAAAAUUAUCACGUUUAACAUGAUAGUGGGUAUGCUGUACCCCACCCCGGAGACCGCCGUGUGCAGGCUACUUGGAAUUGCUCUAGUACUGAUAUCAAUUUCACCGGCGGCUCUCAUCGCUCUUCUUGACGUAUGGCAUAGCUGGCAGCGAGGGGACAUCAUCAACAUCGUCAGACAUAUCACCGUGUUGGGGCCAUGUCUUGCAGCGAUUUUUAAGAUGAUGCUAUUCUAUUACACACGGGAUGAGGCGUGGCGUAUCAUCAGAAAGAUAGAUGCAGAUCACGCACGGUAUAAUAUACUUUCCGAAUCGCAUAAAGAAAUCGCUCGUCGUCACAUACAGAACACACAAUACUACAGCGAAAAAUGCUGGGCCAUAACAGUCGCCGUUACCGUCCUCACGUUUCCACUCACCGCUGUCGUACUCAACUUCUACAAUUUCGUCUUCAAAGAGGAACCCGUCAAAUACAUGAUCCAUGAUCUAGAAAAACCAUUUUCACCCCCAGAAGACAGAUUUGCAUCCCCAUAUUUUGAAAUAAUGUUUGGCUAUAUGGCGUACUGUUCGCUGUGGUAUAUUAUCAGUUUUAUAGGAUUUGAUGCGUUUUUCGGUGUAACUAUUAACCAUGCUUGUAUGAAGUUGGAGUUGGCUUGUAAAAUAAUGGAGGAUGCUAUGUUAGAGGAGGAUAGAGAUAGUCGGCAGAGAAGGAUGAAGGAAGUAAUAUCGGAGCAGAAUGACUUUUUUAGUAUGGUGGAACUAAUACAAGAAACAUUCAACUUUUGGCUUGGUUUAAUCGUCAUAGCAACAAUGUGUCAGAUAUGCAACUGCAUGUACCAAAUUAUUGAGGGGUAUGGAAUUGAUCCCAAAUACAUAAUAUUCAUUUUAGGCACCAUCGCGCACAUCUAUCUGCCAUGCCGAUAUGCGGCCAAGUUACAAGUUACCGCACUAGAUGUCGCCACACAUCUAUACUGCUGCGGUUGGGAGCACGUGAACGACGAGCGAGCGCGCAAGAUGGUCGCCUUCAUGAUUGCACGAGCACAGGUCCCACUGAAGAUCACAGCCUUCAAUAUGUUUUAUUUCGAUAUGGACCUUUUCGUUUCUAUAUUACAAACAUCAUAUUCACUGUUCACGUUACUGAGAUCUUAAUUAAGUAGGUACCUAUUGGGUUUGUUCAUGGUUCAGCCUACCUAAUUUAAGUAGGUACGCUCUAGAUUGCUCUGAAACUUUGUACUUACAACAGGACAAGGUAUAUCUAUGCCUGUAAUUCGUUUAUGUAGCAAAGAGCAUAUAAUCACUAUGUAUGUAGCUUCAGAUACCACAGUUAAAAAAAUACAUCCAAUUAAGUUUUUCAUACACAAUUCCUUUUUGCUCUAAUUCGUUUAUUUUAUGAGCUGGAGCUAUAUAAACUAAUUACAAGCAUAGAUAUACCUCAUGUCAUUGUAUGUGCAGUUUCAUUACAAUCCAACAAGUAUUAAAAAUGAGAACGAAACUUUGUUUGUAUCGGAAGGUGAAAUUCGGCCAAGCUUGCCGCGGACUCUUAACUGAGCCAUUUGUACUUUCAUGUACUGAUAUAAUAAAGUUAAAAAAAAAAAACAAUCACUGACCAUGUGUUUAAUUUUGAAUCGAUUUUACAUUGUCCGAUCGGAUAUCGGAUUUCGGAUACGCCCUUUAAGAAGGGAAAUGUAAAAUAGUGCCUUUUAUAUCAAUAUACAUUUAAUAAAUGUUUUUUUUAAUGGUAAUGCUAAAUACAAAUGGUUUGGUGUCAUAAGUUAUUCUCUAUAUAGCGUCUGUUCUUCUCCAAGCAUAGGUCAUCCGACAU